AUGGACCGCGACACCACAGCAGAUUUGGCCGACUCCAGCCCAGCCGCAGAAACAGCAUCAUUUGCUUGGGAGAACACAGAUACAACCGGACUUGCCCCGACGAACCUCCCUCUCGCAAAGGUGCAACGCGCGUGGGAACGCAGACCGCAAUCGCCUUUCUCGAGGCGACGCUUCAGAGUUGGAAAGAUCUUCAAGCGGAAUGCAACCAAUGCCCAGCCUGUCGCAAAUACACUCGCACCCGCACUCAGUGUCAACAUACGCCAGAAUGCUGGCAGAGGCACACCUUUAAAAGCUGUCAAGAAGAUGCGUGUCGCGCGAGAUUCGCUUGAUGCUCUUGGAAGUGGAGCGCUCGUCAGCGACUGGGAGUGCAGAGGAAGCCCCACCAAUCGUCGCAUCGUCACUAGAAACAGUCUGGGGAAGAAAGAUCUCAUCGCAUUGCCUGAUGAAGACCAGAAUGAUGCGCACGUGGACGAGCAAAAUUUUGACCUAGCCGAGGGCGGAGAAGACGUGGAGCGCACCUCGAUCGACAUUCUUAGCGAGCACGCUUCACAAAGGGUGGAAGAUGAAGAAGCCGCUGAUGCUGAUGAGUGGGAAGAUGAGAGUGACACUGAGCUUGGACAAGACGAAGAAGCUGAAGAACAAGCGUGGGAAAGGUGCCGACUAGAUCCCAUUGCCGAAAAAGAGAGCAUGAGUCCUAGCGAUGCCGUUGUGACCUCCUCAUGGCCAGAGCAGCAUGCCACAACGACUGGUCAGGCUUUGGCAGUAGAAGAUGCUGAAACGGCUAGCAUUGAAUCAGAUGCGCGCCAGAAUGAGCACGCGCCAGAGCUGGUCGAUGUUAAGGAGGAUGAAGACAAGAGUCUGCCGACGGACGAUCAACCACCCAUCGCAGCGGCGACACAUGAGGAAGUCGUGCUCCCAGAAGGAUUUGUAUCUCCAGUCGCGACCCGUCGGCGGCGUAGCGUCAAUCAGACCAAGCGGAACACGAGCAGACGACGAACUCUGCCGACGAGCUUCGCAGCACCAUCCGAAAAGCAGGAACGGAUUCCCGCUGAUCAGCGAUCAACAGCAGAAGGCGGCGAUCUUGCUGAAGGAAAUGAGAAGACAGAAUCUGUCGAUGACCCAGCUGCUGCGACUUAUCAAAUCGAGGACGCCCGACCAGGUGAUGAAGAGCUGGUCCAAGCCACCAUUGAACAAGAAGCUCAGGAGGCUCCAAAUGUGACCAGGAACAUCACACCAGAGCCAUCUCGCGACAUUUCGACGGAACCAAAUACGCCCUCGACCGAAUCACAGCUUGUGACUGAGUACCAGCAAGAGAAUGGCGUCUUUUCGCCCAAUAAACUCGCGUCCAGCCCAGUCCCGACUAUUGAAGGUUCGCAUCCAAGACUGCCUCUACGUCGCUCGCCUAGGAGGCAACGACAGUCGAGCAGUCCGGUCAAGCGAAGGAGCAUCCUCAAACAGACACUCCAAAAGCCACAUCUUGUCGCAUUCACGCCAAUCAAGAAGCCUUCAGAGCAAGAGCUACAGCCCGAGUCGCAGACGAACUCAUCGCCCAAAGCAGACACCGGCCCAGCCUCUUCACCUCUGCCGAUUGAUUUCUCCGGCAUCACUUCUCCAGCUGCCGUUCAGGAUGAGCUUCCGAUACGAUCAUCCUCUGCACCACCCGAAGAACCGCAAAUGACACCUCGGAAGCCAAAGCAACCUCGCAUCUCGGACGACACAGCGCUUCUGGAAGCGUUCCUUAAGCGAGCAUCAGAGAGCAAGUCAGGGUGCCGCGUUUCCGAUACUGCUAGACGCGAAUCCCUCGAGAAUCGACGCAACUCCAAUACGGUACGGCAAGCACUUGCAAGUCCUGCACUUAAGUCGCCUGCGCCAUCAGACGUGCUCGCGGACUUGGAUCCUAAUAGCCCAUCUCCACGUAAGCCGUUGGGUGCGAGCUUCUCGAUGACAGUGCCCGAGAAGCGCGAGCUGGAAUACGAGCAAGAUCCUAUCAGGGACGAUGAGGAUGAGCUUGCCGCCGAGUCAGGACCACCGCAGAAGUUUGGCUCGCGGAAGAGUGGUCGCACCAGGAAGAAGCCAGAGACCUUGCCUGCCACGACCUAUGACGGAAAGAGGAAGAUCCAGAUCAGGACUAACAGUGACGGCGUGGUUCUCAAGAAGACUGAGGCCCAAGCGCUAGCACUCGAGACGAGAAAGAACACUAGGUUGAAUAAGAGCGGCGCAGUCAUGCCUCCGCUUCGACUCACCAAAUUAGCUGCAGAGAAGAAGAAAGACAACAGUCAGCCAGACGAGGACGAUGCUAUGGACGUCGAACAGGCACCAGUGCCUGGUAGGAAAGGCAUCAAGUGGGCCGAAACGCUAGUGUCUUUCUAUCAGGGAGAAGAUGAGCCUGAAGGCAGUAUGAUGGCUGACGAACUGGGUAAUGAGCAGCCAUUCGAUUCAAUGGCACCCGAACAAAACAUUCUGAGGGAGGGCGAGAUGAGUCUCGUGACUGCGCCGCCAGCAAGCUCAACGCCAAGCAAGCCCAAGUUGAGAAGACUUAAGCCGCAGAAGCCUACCGCGUCAACUCCUGCCAAGCCUUCGUUGCCACUUGAGCAAACUCUUAGUAAGGGCGAGGAUGAGCAAGAGGUCGACGCCAAGCCAAAGCCAAAGGCGAGCACGAGGCGAAAAGUCUCGCGGAUCGCAACGCCGGCGAAGGUCAAAGGGACGACGCUACUAGGCCAUUCUGAGGAGGAGGAGGAGGAGGUAGAAGAGCAGGCGCAGCUAGGAGAACUCAAGCCGAGACCUACGCCCAUGCCAUCGUCGGUUCAGAACCUGGCAGAUGAGAUGAAGCUUGAAGAGCCACGAGCCACCCCUGUGGUAACGAAGAAGUCGUCUUCUGGCCCAUCAAAGAAGAAGCACGUUGUUGCUUCGAAGCUUCCGGCGCCAACUGCAUCGCAGCAGACGCACGCGACUACAGGCCUCGCGGCGGGCAAAGAGAAUUCUUUGAUUGCUUCCCCGCCGAAGAAGCGAAGCACCAAGGCAUCAAAUAUGACCGCUGGGCCUCCCUUGAGAUUGGGCGAGGCUAAAGGUCUCGCAGCAAAAUUCGAUUUGGGCAAAGCAGCACUGAAGCCUGCUGAUAACGACAAGUCGGCCGCUCCUGGCAUUUCGAGUCCAGCAAAGAAGGCGCCAAGAAUUAUGCCAGCACGAAGCACGAUUUCGAACGAGCGGCGUCGGGAAAUUGAACCUGCACCUGGUCUGGGAAGUCCCGCAAAGAAGCGGACUCGAGGCAUGGCGAGCUAG